CUCAGAAAAUGGGAAUGGAUAGCUUGGAAGAAUACACUAAAAUGGAGAUGGAGUGUGAACCAAAGAAAUCAUUUCGGAGAGGUCUUCUAUACAGGAGACAAACUGGCAUCUUUGUGCUUAUGGGAACAGUCUGCAUGAUUAUUUUCAUGGUCUUGACUUCUGUCAUCUAUUCCCAUCAGGAACGAAAGUUCUCAAUGCUGGAGAGCUGGAUGAAAAGCCAUACUUCUGAUCUAACCUCAGUCAAAUCUGAUUUUCAGUACACAGGAGGUGAUCUAGAAAAGAAGGUUUCUGAGCUGCAGAACUUAGUGUUCAGCCUGAGUUCAUAUUUGAACACGUCUGGAUCAAGUAACCCAGAGACCAGAGAUAUGCAAAUAAAGAAGCUGUCUAAUAUUGAGACCCUGAUGAGCGAUCUCGGCUCGUCACUGAGUUCACUCGCAUCCAAACAAGAAGAAAAACUACAAAAGCUGGAGCGUCAGCAGGAUACGUCACACACUGAAGUCAAGAGUCUGAUGGACGCUUUGAGUUCAGAAGUAUCGACUCUUAGGAGUAAACUAACAGAGGACAGUCGGAGGACAUUUUCAUUUAGAAUUUUGGGCAUGUCAAGCUCACUGUCGGACCUGAAACAUUCAAUGGAGUUACUGAGAUCAUCUCUUCAAACUCUUUCUUAUAAACUAUCAUUUGCACACUUACUUACAUCAGGCUGUAUUGAACAUGACUGGAUCCCGUUCAGAAACAGCUGUUACCUGUUCUCCCAGGAUGUAAUGAACUGGACCAAAGCAAAGGAUUACUGUGAAGAGAAGGGCGGGUUUCUCCUAAAAAUAGACGAUGGCUCUGAGAAGGAGUGGCAAUUUGUUAGCAAUUUCGCCAAACCACAUGACUACUGGAUUGGUCUAACGGACCAGAUCACAGGCCAAUGGAGAUGGACGGAUGACACUCCUUACAUCAUAAAUAAAGAACACUGGAGUCCCGGGCAGCCGGAUGAUUGGACCGAACACGGCCUGGGGGAAGGAGGAGAGGACUGUGGGCAGAUUGCAUAUAAUGGGAUGCUAAAUGAUGCCCACUGCUCUACCAAAAUGAAGUAUAUAUGUGAAACGCAAAAAUGAAUGCAUACAAUUCUGAACAUUGUAAAUAGGCUUUGUUUUCGACUGAGUUUUCUUGUAUGUGAAUUGUGUAAAUUACAAAUCACAUUAAUGAUGUGUUUAUCAGUGUUGCGGUGUAGUUACUAAUACAACUAAACUUAUAUCUCAUUCUACCGAAUUAGCCUUUCUUGUUUAAACAGUAAACCAGCAUUAAACAAAUUUCCCACUGAUAAACUAAUAAAAUAACUUAUCUUUCCUGAAUAUUGAUUAAACAAAUUAUUACUUUAAAAUACUCAAUACUCAGGUUAAACUGUGUUGUUCAGAAUUAUUACGAACUAAUCACAACAACCAGAUUGUAAUUAAUCUAUAAAACCCAAACUGUCACUAAACUGUUUUUGAAUAAAUAAAAAAAAGUG